AUGGCCGAAUACCACAGUUCGAUCACAAUGCGACCAACUUUCAACCGAACCAUGCACUCCCAAUCCACGACCACUUAUGGAAGUACAAUUUCUGGAGGAACUAGCCGUACAAUGAAAGUGACUGAGGUUGCUGGAUCAGCUCUGACCUCUGGAGUGUCACCAUUCGGAGGAAAUGCUGCAUCUUCAAUACGCGAAUCACGUGCUCGUGAGAAGAAGGAGAUGAGCGAGCUUAAUGACCGCCUUGCUAGCUAUAUUGAAAAAGUCCGAUUUUUGGAAGCCCAAAAUCGUAAAAUGGAAAAGGAUCUUGAUUUGCUUCGCGGAAAAUGGGGCCAAGAUUCAACCAGCGUCAAAGUUAUGUUCGAGACUGAAUUGAGAAGCGCCAGCGAAUUGAUCCAAGAUUCGGAGAAAGAUCGUGCUAAGCUUGAGGAUGAGAUCCGUAAACUCACCUCUGAACAUAACAAUUACCGUAACAAAAUGCAUGAGGCCGAAAGGGCUCAUGACGUGACGAAAAAGGAAUUGGACGAUGUUCUUGCUCGACUUGGAGCACUUGAAUCUGAAAUUGACCUUCUCAAAAGAAGAAUCAGCUUGUUCGAAGAGAACGUCGGUCAUUUGAAACGUGAAAACCACCGAUUAAUUGGAGAACUUCAACAAGCCAGGAAUGCUGUUGAACACGAAACAUUGAACCGCAUCGACUAUCAAAACCAGGUUCAGACACUCUUGGAGGAAUGCGAUUUUGUCAAAAGGGUCCACGACUCGGAAAUCCAUGAUCUACUCAUAAUGGCAUCUCGUGAUACUACUAUUGAAAACCGCGAAUACUUUAAGAAUGAACUUUCCUCGGCUAUUCGCGACAUUCGUAAUGAAUACGAUCAAAUUAACAAUGUUCAUCGAACUGAUAUUGAGUCAUGGUAUAAGCUCAAGGUUCAAGAAAUUCAUACCCAAGCUUCAAGAACUAACCUGGAACAGAAUUAUGCGAGAGAAGAAGUGAAACGGCUUCGAACCACUCUCGGAGAUAUGCGAGGAAAGAUGGCCGAUAUGGAAGGAAGAAACUUGUUACUUGAAAAACAAAUUGAUGACUUGAAAUAUCAAAUGGAAGAAGAUAUGAGAUCGUACGAGCAGGCGUUGAUUGAUAAGGAUACCAACAUCAAUAAGAUGAGAGAUGAAUCCAAGAUUCUCAUGGUUGAACUUCAAAUGCUCAUUGAUACUAAACAGACCCUUGAUGCCGAAAUCGCCAUUUAUCGCAAGAUGCUUGAAGGAGAGGAGAAUCGCGCAGGACUUCGUCAGCUUGUCGAGCAAGUUGUCAAAACAACAUCGAUUUCUCAAACAAAAGAACUUGAGAGCAUGAGAGUACUCAAAGGAGAAACAACCACCCAUUCAUCCUACUCAAGAUCUGCCAAGGGUAAUGUGGUUAUCCAGGAAGUAUCCCCUGAUGGCAAAUAUAUUGCCGUUGAGAACAUUUCCAGAAAAGAUGAAAACAUUGGUGAUUGGAAGCUUCGUCGAAAAGUGGCUGGAAAACGCGAAAUUGUGUUCACUUUCCCUCGCGAUUUCAUUUUGAAACCGCAGAAAAUUGUCAAGAUCUUUGCACGAGGCCAGGGAGUCUAUUCGCCACCAGACAGCCUUGUUUAUGAUGGAGAGGAUAACUUUGGCACUGGUACUGAUGUGCAGACUAUCCUCUACAAUAGAGAAGGAGAGGAGCGCGCCUCACACAGUCAGCGUGCCUCGCAUACUUAA